AUCUUGGUAUGCAUUGUAGAUAAGAUUUUGCCGUCAGAAUAUUAUACAUCUCAUCUUCUCAGCUCUCAGGCCGAUCAAAGGGUUCUUAAGGAUCUUGUUGAAAAGUAUUUACCAGAACUUUGGGAGCACUUUGAAGGAAUGGAGGUCGAAUUAGCAGCAAUCACAUUUGGUUGGUUUUUGUCACUGUUUGCGGAUGCACUGCCGAUUCAGACGUUGUUACGAGUGUUUGAUUUGUUUCUGAUAGAUGGAAGUCUGAUUUUGUUUCGAGUGGCAAUGGCUCUACUGAAGAUGCAUCGAGAAGAGAUCUUAUCCCAUGACUCACCAGCCUCACUUUAUGCUUACAUGCGAGGCCGAAUGACGCUCAGUACUCAUCACGCUGAUAGGUUGAUCAGAGUAGCAGUAGAAGAAUUUGGGGAAGUGAAGAAUAAGGAGAUCACUAGGUUAAGAGAGAAAUAUGUAACGGAAUUGAAGAAGGAGAUGGGAUUAGAUGAAUUUCAGUGACGGAUAAACAUAAUAUACGUAUGAGUUUGAUUAUAAUAGAAGAAUAUGACAUUCAUGCAUUUAUCGAGAUUUGUUAUACAUAAAGACCAAAUCCAACAUGUCAAUAGGCAGCGCUCUGAUUGAUCUCGACUUUUGACUCUUAAAAGAAUUCACCCAGGCAAAGCAUUAGAGAACAGCCUUUGUGGAUUGCCC